GGUCGCCGGAAAACGCCGGAACCAUAGAGCUCAGUUCCUAGCUAGGCCUCCACCAGCCACUUCCGCUCGUCCGCCUAAUACCGCGCCUGCGCACCGCAUUUCUUCCUCUCUGGGCUCGGACCUAGUUCGCGACGACAUGGCCAAACGUACCAAGAAAGUCGGGAUCGUCGGUAAAUACGGAACUCGCUAUGGGGCCUCCCUCCGGAAAAUGGUGAAGAAAAUUGAAAUCAGCCAGCACGCCAAGUACACUUGCUCUUUCUGUGGCAAAACCAAGAUGAAGAGACGAGCUGUGGGGAUCUGGCACUGUGGUUCCUGCAUGAAGACAGUGGCCGGCGGUGCCUGGACAUACAAUACCACUUCCGCUGUCACGGUAAAGUCCGCCAUCAGAAGACUGAAGGAGUUGAAAGACCAGUAGACGCUCUUCUACUCUUUGAGACAUCACUGGCCUAUAAUAAAUGGGUUAAUUUAUGUAACAAAA